AUGGGUAUGGAGGUCCCUGACACAAAUAACAGGGCGCCCGAGACAAUUAUGCACCUGCUGUCUUCUUGCACGGUGUAUGCAGUCUCGGCCUAUAUCCAUAGAGACAAUGCGGCAUUGCGAUUGCUCUACUACCAUUUGAGGCACUCGUACGGAAUAGACGGGACCCCAGUGCUGCCCUAUGCUCCGGGGGAUAUUGAGUCCGUUGUGGAGAAUGAGAAGUGCCGAAUUUAUUGGAACUUCUCAUUCCCAACCCUCAGGCAAAUACAAGCUAACAAGCCUGAUGUAGUCCUCCUCGACCAUCAAACCAAAGCGAUGUUCGGGAUCGAGUUUUCGGCGCCAGUCGAACCGAACACCGUUUUGAAGGAGGAAGACAAACGGACUAAAUAUCGAGAUCUUCUCUUCGGACUCCGCCGGCUCUAUCCAGACCAUUCUGUGGAAUUGGUCAUCCUGAUAAUCGGCUCCCUAGGAGGCACACGACAUACGCUGCUCUCGGAAAUCCUGAAAAUCCCAGCGUGCAGCGAUAAGGCACACAUCCUGGCUGGUGGAAUGCAGAAGGCCGUCAUUCUAGGAUCGUUGCGUUUACUCAGGGCACACGGUUCUUGGUCCCAGUGAUUAUU